CUCCCUUCGUUAUUGAUUUCCUGAGUAUGUCAACCAUUCCCGACCCAUAUCGAUCUUUAUCGCUGUCGCCUGCGAUGGCCGUUGUUGGUUCUUGAUCUACGGAUGCCGCGAGGAAUACAGACAUAUACAACAGCAACUAACAGGACAACAGUGGGUGGUGUCUCCGCCGCCGUCUCCAAGACUGCCGCUGCUCCCAUCGAGCGUGUCAAGCUCCUGAUCCAGAACCAGGAUGAGAUGUUGAAGAGUGGUCGUCUUGACCGAAAAUACGAUGGUAUCGUCGAGUGUUUCCGACGAACCACCGCCCAGGAGGGUGUUGCCUCCCUGUGGCGUGGUAACACUGCCAACGUUAUCCGUUACUUCCCUACCCAAGCCCUCAACUUCGCUUUCCGUGACACCUACAAGUCCAUGUUCGCCUUCAAGAAGGACCGUGAUGGAUACGCCAAGUGGAUGGCCGGUAACUUGGCCUCUGGUGGUGCUGCCGGUGCCACUUCCCUUCUCUUCGUCUACUCCCUCGACUACGCCCGUACUCGUCUGGCCAACGACAACAAGAACGCCAAGACUGGUGGUGAGCGUCAAUUCAACGGUCUGAUCGACGUCUACAAGAAGACCCUCGCCUCCGACGGUAUUGCCGGUCUCUACCGUGGUUUCGGUCCUUCCGUCGCUGGUAUCGUCGUCUACCGUGGUCUCUACUUCGGUAUGUACGACUCCAUCAAGCCUGUCGUCCUUGUCGGUCCUCUCGAGGGUAACUUCAUCGCCUCCUUCCUUCUCGGAUGGUCCGUCACCACUGGUGCCGGUAUCGCCUCUUACCCUCUCGACACCAUCCGUCGUCGUAUGAUGAUGACCUCUGGUGAGGCUGUCAAGUACAAGUCUUCCAUGGAUGCCGCCCGCCAAAUCAUUGCCAAGGAGGGUGUCAAGUCUCUCUUCAAGGGUGCUGGUGCCAACAUCCUCCGUGGUGUUGCUGGUGCUGGUGUGCUGUCCAUCUACGACCAAAUGCAGGUCCUCCUGUUCGGCAAGGCCUUCAAAUAGAUGGUUUCGCCUGCGUAGAUGGUUGGGAUGAAAUGGAGAGUGGGGGAGUAAUGAAUGGUGCGGCAGGUGGAAGUUGUUCACAACAAUACACCCAUCGCUAUGGUGUUGGAGCAACUUGCAGUUGAUUAGGGGUUCCGAUAUCACU